CGGCCAAGAAUAGCAAAGGGCAUGCGAAUCUAGCCGUUCUGUAAAUGAGUGGCUGGCAGAGGUGUACGACUGAAGGCGACCGACCGACCGAACACGACCGCUCCCUCCGGUAGUCCGCGAAUCAAGUCGAGACGGGUUCGACGAUACAAUUCGCGACGGGGAAUACGGCUCGCGAGGGAUCCACCUCUCGUAUAUGGAGCAGACUCGCGGGAAACGCCUGUUUCACGUGCCGAAUCCUCGCGCGCAAGUGUCUGUGUGUGUUUGUGUGUCGUGGAGCGCGUAUGUAUAGCGCACCCGUCGUUGCCGUCGUCGCCGCGUAUACACACGAAGAGCAAAGUUGGAAGAGCUCGAAGCGAAGGGGUGGGAAAAACGAGCGAGAGGAAGAGAGAGAGAGAGAAGGCGCGAUAGAACAACCGGACAGUUAGGGUGAGGGCGAGAAAGAGAGCGAGAUAGCGCGGACGAGCGAGUGACGCGUGUGCGCGCGUCCAGUAGUGUGCGCCAGUGUGCGUUCGCUUGAAUGUGUGCGCGGACGCGCGCGCGCGUGCCAGUGAGAAGAAGCCCGAGAGAAGAAGAAGAAGAGAAGCUCGUAAGUAGAAGGCGCGAGAAGUGAGAGAAGUAGCAGUGGUUAUAGCUCGCUGCUCCCGAGGAAGGAAGAGAGAGAGAGGUGCAGCAGCCGCCGUCGUCUUCACCGCCGCCGCCGCCGCUACCACCAUCAUCACCGCCGCCGCCACCACCAUUGCCAGCGCACGCACGCACCACGCACAUACGUACAUACGACAUACGUACGCACGCGAGCACGGUCGCGAAGCUAAGCGCGUCGUGCUUCUCUUUCUCCGCCGCCGCGCCGGUGCAAUGUCUCUCGAGGCACGUUCGAGCUCGGCCCUGUUCAAGCGAGCCGAACAGCUCAAGCGCUGGGAGCAGUCCGAGACGAAUCGCGAGCCCGCACAGCCGCGGCAGGUCGCGCGUAAGAUCAAGUUCUCGGCGGACUGCGUGUUCCUAGCGGCUUGCGCGGCCAGCGACAAGGAAGAGAUCGUGCGCCUGCUUCAGAAGGGGGCGAACAUCAACACCGGAAAUGGCGACGGCCUCACGGCGUUACACCAGGCCUGCAUCGACGAUGACUUGGACUUGGUGGAAUUCUUGGUGGAACAAGGAGCCGAUAUCAAUCACGGAGAUAACGAGGGAUGGACGCCCCUGCACGCUACAGCGUCCUGCGGUUUCGUAUCUAUUGCCAAAUACUUGAUAGAACAAGGAUGUAAUCUGGCUGCGGUUAACAAUGACGGUGAACUGGCGCUCGACAUUGCAGAAAGUGACGAGAUGGAGGAUAUGCUCCAACAGCAUAUAAAUAAAGCAGGUAUAGAUUGCGAUCAAGCUAGAAGUGAAGAGGAACGAUCGAUGCUGAACGACGCGAAAGCUUGGCGAUCGGGUGCACCAGGCAAGGAUUCCAUACAUCCCAGAUCAGGAGCCACCGCACUCCACGUCGCUGCUGCCAAAGGCUACAUCAGAGUCAUGCACAUAUUACUACAAGCUCGAUGCGAUGUUAAUGCACAGGACUUUGAUGGGUGGACACCUUUGCACGGUGCGGCGCAUUGGGGCCAACUGGAAGCUAGCAAACUUCUUGUUGAGCACGGCUGUGAUAUGGACAUGAAAAACUACGCCGGUCAGACUGCUUUCGACGUUGCCGAUGCAGACAUCCUAAAAGCUCUCGAGGAGUUGAAAGAGCAACAAGCACUUAUAAUGAAAGACAGCCCGCAAAUAAUUAAUAAAAAGCAAUCGUCUAUACCAAAGAAACGCGUCUCAACGAACAAUGAGAAUGCAGUAGCGGCGCAAGAAUCCACGGAAAUCUUUGAGGAAGAAACGCCAAAUAAAGUUAAGAAGGUUGAGUUAGAGAUUCAAUCUGAUAAAGAGGAUUCCAGCACUAGUACAAACAGCGACGUCGAAGCAACGCGUGAAACACACAUGGAAGAGAGUGAUGGUGAAGGUGAGUCUGAGACUAGCUCAGAAUCACACUCUUCCACUUUCUCCAAUCAAUCUGAUAAGUCUAACCACGCGACAUGUCUUACAGAUGACGAGAAGAAAAAUAGAGUAAACAAAGAUGAAAUUGCACCCCAUAGUCCAGUAUCUCCAGUCGAAAGUAAUAAAGUUCCUAAUCAGGCUCCAAUAUUGCCUCCAAAACAACAGACUGAUAAUAACGAGGAAGGCGUCGUACCAUCUUGGAGACGUUCAGGUUCCUUUCGAAAUAGGAUUCAAAGUACUGAAACUACUAAUUCUGCGCCUACAAAACUCGAAGAUAAGGAUAACAAUGUUAAGAUAUCAACGGCGCCGAACAAAGUGAGUGCCGAGCCUGAGGUGGUAUUACGAAGGACGCACAGUUUCGAAACGGACGAAAAGUUUUAUGAGCAGUACUUGGCAUUACAAGCCCGCAUCAAGGCGUUCUCGUGCCCUACCCUCCAUUGCUGCAAUGCAGCUACUCCUACUCACACCAAUGCUACGACCCGCUCUGCAUCUCUACGCGAUACACACAGAAAGAAAGAAGUGAAAUUAAAUUUGGAAUUAUCAAGACUGCCACAAGGAAGCAAUACACUUUCACCAACAUCCGCAUCUAAAACAUUGGCAUCGAGUCCAUUGUCAUCCACCCCAACAACUACCACUACUGCCACAACAACAACAAGUCCUAUUCCAGUCAAUCAGAUUCGCAGUGCUCAACCAGUGGAAGCUGCAUCUACAGUUGUAUCGAAUACAAAUAGUGCAGCAGCAGCUGCUCCUGGAACUCCCACUACACCAGGAGGGAGCAAGCUAAGUCCGGGAAAUAUCUUCAAGAAUUUCUUCAAAUCCUUCGUUCCGCCGGUGCGCGAUGAGGAGAGCGAGACCCAGAGGAAGGCCCAUGCGAAGAGAGUGAGGGAAACCAGACGGUCUACACAGGGUGUGACGUUGGACGAGAUCAAGAGUGCGGAACAGUUGGUGAAGAAGAAACAGCAGAACAACGAAUCACCAGCUCUGACACCAUCAUCCACGCAGCCUACGACUACGGUCAGCAAUACAGCUUCGAUCACGGCUACGAUAACGACCGCAACCUCGACUACCGUGACUGCGAAUAAAGUCUCCGAGGAAUCUAAUUUGCCCGAGAGACGACCAUCUUGGAGAUUAAGGGUAGACAAUGGAAGCAAGUUUCAGUUGGAAGACGCCAACAACAAACCUACCGAUAACGCAACAGCCUACAUGAGGAGACCGUCCGGUGGUACUGGCAUACCUAGACCGUCAUCGGCGCCAGUCGAGACCAUCGCUACUAGCAGUACAGAAACCACCAUCACAUUACCCCUUAGGAGGUCGUUAAAGCAACCCGAUGACAAAGAACAAGAUAAGGAGAACGAUAGCAGAAACGCACAAGCCACACAGGCCGUUAUUCAAAGGAGACGUCGGCCUAAAAGAAGAUCGACAGGUGUGGUCCACGUGGAUAUGGAUGAAAUCGACCCAGACAAACAGGAUCUAACUGCUGGCGGUGACUGUGACGACUCCAAGGUCAAUCACAACGAAGGAGCGCAGGCUAAGCCAACAACAGCUGCGGGCCUGAGAGCCCAGGCGUCAACAAAUGGGCAAUCAAUUUUUGGAAACAGGUCACGGAUCAGCGGGCUGCUCGCGCUCAACCAGAACAAUUAUGCGAGCCUCCUGGGCAUGAAAAGCCCGAGCUUGUACUCACCCAGCUCCUCCUCCGGGAUCCUGAACGCUAAGAGCACGAAGAGCAGCGAUCAUCUCUUUCGCAAACGCCCGUACACUAAGUCGGCGACGAGCAGUCCGAGUUAUCCGAAUCUCUACACGACGUAUGGCGGCACAACCACCGGAUAUGGCGGCGUCACUCUGCCUUCUCACACGGCAGUCAAUACCUUGAACUUGACCAGCUCGUCUCCCAGCUUUAAUUAUUUGAAUUUGACGAGCACGCGCCCGCACGUGCAAAAGACCGAGAGUUUCAACAGGUCGAAGAUCAAACCGAGCUCGAGUUUCAGCUCGAGAAGCUCAAGCCUCCAAAGUUUAACUAGUUCCGAGGGAUACGCCAGUGGAAACGAUCGUUCCAGCAGAUCGAACAGAUUAGGCUCGAUAUCUUCGAUAUCGUCAGAGGCAUCGUCGGCGCCGAUCAGAACAAAGUCCAGUAGUUCGGAAAACGGCGAGUUAGACUAUAAAAAAUUGUACGAGGAAUCUCAGGUGGAAAACGAGAGGUUAAAGGACAAGUUGAAGCGCUCCGACGAGCAGUUGAAGGAGGUCAGGAGCUUACUGGAGAAAGCGCAAACCAACCAAAACAAAGUGAUUCUCUCGGAGGCGGAAAAAAGGGAGAGGCGAGCCAUGGAGAGGAAACUUUCUGAGAUGGAAGAAGAGCUGAAGGUGAUGGAGCAACUAAAAUGCGAAAAUCAGAGGCUAAAAGACGAAAACGGUGCCUUGAUCAGAGUAAUCAGCAAAUUGUCCAAAUAAAUCUGUUUGUAGUCUCAACUGCACGCCGCUGCAAAAUCUUAAAUUGUAUCAUCAACUGUGUCGAAUGAAUUGCUUUAACUGUCAACAGCAUCAACAAUUAUUAUUGCUAGUGUUCUCUUACGAAUGCGCGCAUUCAUGCUAUCGAUGAAUUUACCCUCAUGCUAGUAAUUUAACUUAUUCCGAUGAUGAAAUCAAUUAAUUAUCGCAUGGCUGUGCCAAAGGCGAGAAAAGAGACGUUACUCCUAUUCCUAGACUGUGAAUACUUGAUCAUAAAAGACUUAGAAAUUUUACUUUGUGGAAUUAAUUUUUAAUGUCUUAAAAAGAGAUGAUGAAUUUUAUAAUUCACUGUGAAACCAUAAGCCAAUGCUCUUUAUAUAGUUAAAAAAAAUAAGAA